GAUGACCCGCUGGCGUUGUUGAGCGGCAGCGGAACAUUGACGCGGAGACAAGAGAAGUUGGCUAAGAGAUUGUCGAGGCAAGCGGAGUUGAAGCGGCUGCGAAUGGCGCAAGAGAUCCAGCGACAACUGGAAGAGUUGGAAGUGAAGCAGAAAGAGUUGGAGGAAAGGGGUGUUGCAGUCGAGAAAGCGCUCAGGGGAGAAGGAAAUGAGACGGACAACAACAAAGAGGAGACAGAAUUGAUGGGUGAGUGGUUCGCGUUGGUGCAUGAAAAAACGCGACUGGGAAGAUAUGAGCAAGAGCUUUUGGUGAGAGCCAAGGAACUAGAGUUGGAAGACCGCCAGGCCAGAUUGCAACAGGAUCUCCGGGAACGACUCACUGUUGAUGAUGAGAUGAAAACUAAGGACGACAUCGAAGCAGAGCGAGAGAUCCUGAACGAGAUGAUGGAGAUUGUGGAACAAAGGGAUACUUUGUUGGACAUGAUGGAGGAGGACAGGCUGAGGUACAGGAGUUUGGGUCAUGCGAAGACGAGCCUUGAAGCUGGGCCGUGUGUCCGGCCUAAUGCCGGGUUCUGGGUCCUUGUUGCCUUGGGCGUGGUUGUGGUGUGCCUGUCGCAUGUUCUUGCCCCUCUUCUUGUCCAUGUCUCUCGCUGA